CCCGGAUGAUGGGCCAGGAUGGUAGAUGAGCUUAAUAUUGAUGUUGUUUGUUAUAUGGUGCCUUAGUUAGUGUAUAAUGAUUUUUAAAAUUUCACCUUUCUGUUUGGUUUAUAGAGGUUUUAUUAUAUUGGAUCAUUGUUAGCUGUCCAGAAUUUGUAUGUAAGAUAGGUAUGUGGGAAAGCAUAUUCAUUUUCUAAAUAAAAUAAAACCAAUAAAAUCAGUGUGACUCGGAGACAAUAUUUUGAUAAAAUUAGUUUUCAUAAAAACAAUGAUUUUUUUUAGUUCUGGCUUUACAAAAAAAACAAUAUCUUAAUUUUUUACUUGGUUUUAAUUAAUAUAUUACGCUAUCCAGUUAUUUUGGUGUCUAAGCCACAGUUUAUGGUUUAAUAUGAUUGUGCAGCUAAUUGGGCAAAUUGUGGCUUAAUGCAGCGUGCAAAUACAGCCACUGAAAAAUAAGGAAUGAUAUAUGGGCUUAGAGAAAGAGACAGACAGAUCAAAUAGCUAUUACAUUGCUAGAUGGUAUUAUCAAAAGAAUGUGAUUAUAAGCAGUUCCUUUUGUGCUAAAGUACAGCAAUCUCCUGAAAAUACCAUCUAAUAAGUUUCUUGGAACUGUAACAAAAUUUCACCCUGAUCAUAAUUUUCAGAAAUUGAUUCUGAAUCAAAUGGAAAUAGCAGUGCCUUACGGUCAUUUAUAAAACGGUAUGAGAUGUUAUUUCCCAUCAGUUAAUUAUCACAAAUGUAUUAUUCAUAUGAACCUUCUACUAAGACUAGAAUCUUCUGGCCUUUCUUGAACUUAAUUGCCUUUCUUGUGUUCUCCAGAAUUUUGUGCUAAUCAAUCCCAGCCAGCAUAGUUAUCUCCGUUGGAAGAUGACAAAUAACUUUAAUCUAAUUUAUCUGACAAGUAAUCAAUGCAUCUGUAGGCUGAUAUAUCUAGAGGGAAUUCUGUAAUUGUAGUUGACAUAUUUAAGUACAGAUUUGUAAUCUAACAUUGCUUUAGUUUGCAGAAAGCGGUAGCAGUCCAAUAGUAUGAAACUAGAAAUAGUCGAUAAUGUUAUUUCUUAAUAUUAAUUUAUUAAUCUUUAGGUUGCACAGGAAUCUUCACUGUUGUUGAGAUUAAAAAAAAACAAAACUCUGAGCUCUGACGUGACUAGAAUCAGUGAAAUUCAAGUAAUAGCUUCAAAUUUACCCUAUACAAUUUCCUUCCUUUCAUUUCCCUUCUUCUUAGCUCCUUCUCAUUUUCAAGUGACUUGCAUACGCACAAACUUUCCAUAUGCAACUGCUGAGCUUGGGUGGGGGAGGUUGAGUGAAACAAAUUGCAACUUGCUUUGGGAUCCAUGUGACCGUAUUUCCUUCCGCAAAAACUAUAUUAAUCUGAUCUUAAGUGAGUGCAAACAGCUAAUUGUAUUAUCAUUAUCUUUUUGAGAAAUACUGUGAGAUAACAAGACAAGUGUUGGUACAGAAUGAACCUCCCAGAAUUGAAUACGUUGCUCCAAACGGUGAGUUAAUCCUGCAUAAUUUAUCUUAACUUUUCAUUUUACAUAGGGCUUUUCAAUAACAAUUAAAAACAACGUGCUACAUUAUGAUACAUUCUAAAGUAUAGAACUAUACUGCUAUCAUUUGCAGUCAGAAAAAAAGUCAGAUUGUGAUCAUGAUGAACAUUUCUCUAGUUGCUGUUAAUUAAUUCCUAAUAUCUACUCUACAAAUUAUGUAUUCUGUUUCAUGAUAAAUUUGUAUUUACUGAGAAUAAUCAUUGAUAUAUAUAAUUUUGUCAUAAAAAGUUGUUCUGUAGGUUAUUAGAUGGGUCCCUGAAUUGUUCUUGAGAAUCGAGAAAGUCAGAUUUAUUCUAAAGUGGGAUAUGUUGGCUUCUCUGAGUAAUUUAGAAGAAUCAAAUGUAGAAGAAUUAAUUGAGGAAGGCAGGACGCAUGGCAGUUAAAGUCUGAGGUAAAAACCUUGAGCCAGUCACUUACUUUCAACCCAACCUAUCUCACAUCAUUGGAUAGAAAAACAGAAAGAGGAAGCACAAUGAACAUUUCCUUGAACGCCUAAAUGAAAGAUGAGAAUAUAAUUCAAACAAACAAACAAACAAACACAAUAGCUAAGAAUGAAAGCAUUAAACAAGCAGGAUGGGAGUUUACUGGCAAUUAGUAGAAAGAAAAAGAGAAACCCAGCACCAGCCUAGAAAAAGGAUAGUUCGUAGCAUCUUGUGAAGACACAGGUGUCACUCUAACAAACUGAUGAUAUAUAAUUGGUCAUGCCCUUUGUAGAAGCCAUUUUGUGAAUGGAUAGGGUUUUUCAGGAGUCUUUUUAUGAAAAAAUGAUCACAUGUUCUCAACAUUUCAAUGUUCUGUAGCUGAAAAAGAUAGGAGAAAAAGAUAGCAGGCCAUCAUGUCAUGUCCAAGAAAUCAUGGUUGUGAAAACCUUAAUUUAACAUCAAGUAUGAUUGCAGUGAGUUCCUUCAGCCAAUGUUCAGUGUGACCUGAUUGUGUUCUUAUAAUUUUCCCACUUUAUGGCUAAAAAUAACUUAAGGAAUAGGGGAGCUUUGAUUCAGAAAUGGCAGAGAAAAAUUGUUUAUUUCCCCCCUGCCUCCUCCAGCAAACAAAGCUCUGUCUCUACAGAGAUCUUCCAAUGAAAAGAACAAAUUUAGUUUCAUUAUAAAUCUCUGGCACCACAUAUAUUUUGGUUAAAAAUGUCAUGCAGAGGCAGAUUUUUUAAAGCUAUUACUAGAAGUGUAUAUUCCACACUUUUACUUUCAGCAAAAAGAUUUUGCAAAUCUGUUUCAUCAAAAAUUAUAAUAACGUAAAAUAAGCAAGUACAGAUAGUCCCCAUCUUACAACCACAAUUGAGCCCCAAAUUUCACAGACAGUUGUUAAGUGAGUUUUGCUCCACUUUACAACCUUUUUGCUAUAGUUGUUAAGUGAAUCACUGCAGUUGUUAAGUUAAUAACACAGCUGUUAAGUGAAUCUAGCUUCCCCAUUGACUUCGCUUGUCAGAAGAUAUCAAAAGGUGAUCAUAUGAUCCUGGGAUACUGCAACCAUCAUAAAUACAUGCCAAUUGCCAAGCGUCCAGAUUUUAAUCAGUGACCAUCGGAAUGCUGCAAUGGUCGUAAGUGUGAAAAAUGGUCAUAAGUCCCAUUUUUUCAGUGCCAUUGUAAUUUCCAGCAGUUACUAAAUGAAUGGCUGUAAAUUGAGAACUACCUGUAUGUAGACCAGCCAUCCACAGAUAUAUAAACUUCAACACUCAGAAACAUGAGCAAUGAGUGACAGUGGCUACAGAGUUCUGGAAGUUAAAGUCCACCCAUAAGGACAUUGCCUAUAUUAGGGAAGUCUUAUGCCAAUCCAUAUUGAAAAGGAGAGACUCUUUCAAAUCGCCUUUAAUUUUUAAAACUCAUAAAGAGCUAGUUUGAUGUAGUGGUUAAGGAGCUUGAUUAGAAACCAGGAGACUGCAAAUUCUAAGGCACAGAAGCUACUGUGGUUGGGUGAUCUGGGGCAGUCACUGUCUCUUAGUCCAGGGUACCUUACUGGGUUGCCUUUGUGGGAAAAAUAGGAGGGAGCAUCAUGUAUGCUACUUUAAGUUCUACAAAAAAGAAGGGAUAUAAAUCAAAUAAAUGAAUAGAUCCUCACAUUUUACAUUAAAUGUCUUAUAUGUGUACCCCAAAUGUGAUUGCAAUCUGAAGCAGAAUUUUAGAGGUGUCUAUGGGAGCUUACAUCUAUUUUGCAAAGAAAAAAAAUAUUCACAAUGAAAACCUAAGAAAUAUCUGUAAGUAAACAGAUAUGAAUAUGAAUAUUCCUUUUGUCUGAAUAUAUUUUAACAAAGUUUGGAACUGAUGCUUUCUAAUGGGCAACCCAAAACUCUAUAAAUAAGAAAAGACAAUCCAAGUCUCCUAAUUUUAUUAUAUUAUUUUAAUUUCUCUCUCUUUGCAGGAGUCCUGUUGAAAUGGCAUUAAUUGCUGUGAUUAUCUCCGUAUGCAUAGCUUUUCUGGAUACAGGAUGGGCAACAAAACCCACAACCUAUCAUAGUAUUUGCAAACUAAAAAAGAGAAGUGCAGAUUGCAAUGGGAGGCGGCUGAGUUCUGUUCCAAAAGACUUGCCUGCUGGAAUAGAGGAACUCUUCCUGGAUGCCAACGUUCUACAAACUCUUUCAAAUGCAUCUUUCAUACAGUAUCAUGUCCUACAGAACCUCAGUCUGCAUGCAAAUGGGUUGGAACUCAUUGAACCUGGGGCAUUUCUUGGCAUUAGGAAUCUUAGUCUGCUAACUGUGUCAGACAAUUUCCUCUCCCUCAAUUAUUCUGUAACAGCAUCUGCUUUAUGGACUUUGACUUACCUGAGGAAACUGGACCUCUCUGGAAACCAGCUUACUGAGCUUAUGAUGGGCAAAUUGGUCCAGCAUUUGUCUUCUCUAGAAUCCUUGUCUUUAGCAAGGAAUGCCAUCUUGAGGUUAGAUGACUCUCACUUCAGAAACCUGCCCAAUCUGCAACGUCUGGAUUUACAGCAGAACUAUAUCUUUGAAAUUGAGGCUGGGGCGUUUGAAAACAUGCCAGCUCUGCAACAGCUUAAUCUGGCCUACAACAACAUACCUUGCAUUGUGCAAUUUGAUCUGAUCCAACUUCAGAUGUUAAAUGUUAGCAAUAAUCACAUUGAAUGGUUCUUGUCUGCAGAGAAUAAUGCUUCUUUUGAACUGGAAACACUAGAUCUUUCCUACAACCAGCUUCUGUUCUUCCCACUACUGCCCAAGUUAAAUAAAUUGCAGACUCUGCUGCUGACACACAACCACAUGAAUUUCUACGGCAAAUUUUUCAAUAAUUCAAACAGCUCAGUUCAGCUACUGUUCCUAGAUGGCAAUAUCAUUAACAUUACCACUCAAGAACUUUGGGAAGAAAACAAUCAUGGCAAUUUCUCUUCCUUAACAUUUCUGGAUAUGAGCUGGAAUGAGUUCUCUUAUUUUCCAGACUAUUUUUUUAAGGGGUUAAUUUCCCUUCUUUAUCUGAACCUCAGUCACAACUGCUUAAAGAUACUGAACAUAGAGGACAGGGAAAUGCUAAAUACUCUCAUUGAUUUGGAUCUCAGCCACAACCUGCUUUCAAAGCUACAGAUGAAUUUGGGUUCUGAAGGCAGCUUAACCAACCUCAGAAAGUUUAAUCUUAGCACCAACAAUCUACAUGGCUUGCCACAUCAAUUCUUUAUCCAUGUAAGAAAAAUCACUACAAUUGACAUCAGUAAAAACCCAAUCCACAUCUGUUAUCCAUAUAGUGCUACAAGCCCUGAUUGUGUAACUUUUACUUAUGCUAAUUCUUUAAGGAACCUUUUAUUGUCUGGCUGUAACCUAAGCAUGUUGUCCUGCCAUUUCUUUAAGGGAACUUCCCUCACAUAUUUAGACCUUUCUAAUAAUCCUAGGUUGCUUAUUAGUGGCUUGGGAACUUUGAAAGAUAUCACUUCAUCCAUACAGGUACUCUAUCUUAGAAAUACUGGCCUCUCUGCUGCAGGCACAAAGAUGGACUUUUCUGCAUUUCAGAAACUGGUAAAUUUGGAUCUGUCUGGAAACAGUUUGGCAUACUUCCCAGAAUCCUUAAUAUACCUUAAACUUUAUACUCUAGAUCUCAGGAUGAAUUUCUACCAUAGCCUACCUCAAUACUUCAUGGAAAAGCAACUUGGAAAGAGUUUGCGUGUGAUCUACCUCAGUGAGAAUCCUUAUGACUGCUGCAAAAUGGGUUGGUGGGAUACUCUGCAAAGCCAUGGAACCCUACGCAUUGGAGACAUGACUGACAUCACUUGUAAUUACUCCUCCAGAUUCAUCAGUGCAACAAAUAUACCUGAAUCAGUUCACCAUGACUGUAGGUGGCUAACAACGAAUAUGGCUUUGUUGUAUCUGGUGCUUAUUCUUCCCACCUGUUUGACCCUGCUGUUUACUUUUAUCAUUGUCUUUUUAAUUUACAAGGAAAAAAUUCUUCAGAUGCUAAAGAGCAGACAUAAGAAGCCCAGCCCAUACUGAAAUUUGGUGGCAGAAAGAAGCAAUCUAAUCUAAUAGCACUUAAUAAUAUGCUUAGAAAGCUACAUUUGCAGUCACAGAUUUAGUUAUAAUAAGCCGUAACUUGUAGUAAUGGUUUACAUGUCUAAAAAUGACCAAAUUUUAUAUCUAAGCACAUAAUUGGCAGACAGUAAAAACUAUAAAAUUGUAGUAUGGGUUAAAUUAAUACUAGGAAGAAAAGUCUUUAUGGUCAAAAGUAAUGUAUAUAAGAGAUUUAUAUUGUGAAUAAGUCACAAUUUUUGAAUAAAUCCAAUUCUACAGCUUCUUGGGCAAAUUUUGGAACUUUACAAUACUCUAAUCUUCUUCAGAUGUUGUGGCCAAGUUUUAUUCUUUGGUUGUUUAUAAAUUUAUAAAUAAAUUUUUGAAAAAUUA